CGGCGCUCAAAAUCUUGGUCGCCGCUUUUCUGCAUCUCGGGACUCUCCUCGCCUUUCUCCGUUGCCUUCGACGGGGAGAGGAACUAAUCAUUGCCAAAGGACUGAAUGGACCCACCCAUAGCUUUCAGGGAGAAAUUGAAGCCAGGAUUUACCAAGCCGAAAUAGAGGGUCUAUUUGGGAGAGGAGACUCCUGGAACGUAGGAACUCAUAGCGCAGUCUGCUCUCCUUUUACAACGGAAUAGAUGGGUCGCUGUGAGAUAAUAAAAUUAAUAAAUUUAUUAUAUAUUUAUUAUGAUAAAAUUAUUCCCUAUGGCUUUUCCCUUCCAAAACAAAAACAAGAAAACGCAGUUGGGCAAUUUUGCUUGACAAAGAUGUUAUUACAAUACUCGGCUCAGAAUGACAAUUUAAAACAGGAAAAGGCUAUUUAAACCUGUAAAGAAAGACAAAUAUUUUCUUGCCUGGUAGAGUAGUCCUCGGAGAGCUUGCUUGCAUAAAAUGGGCAUGAGCUAUUAGUGCCGCAAGUUAGAAGGAUGAUUUUUAUGCUUUCCGACAAUAAAUUAGCUGGAGAGCUCAUUUGUAUUUUUCUAACCAGAACAAAGCUUACUGCCUGAUAGAAUGUGCUCAGAGAAAAAAAGGCAGCAAUUAAUUACUUGGUACACUUGAUAGUGCACUUAAAUAAAUAUCUAUUAAUGGGUAGAGAAAUCCUGCAAAGCCAGUGGGAAGCCUACCCCUCUCCCACCCCCUUAUCACUUGAGCUUUGCACUUGUUUUCUGUAUCUUUAACUUGCCUAUUUUUUUCUUGAAACCUCUUUGUUUAAUGGUGGCUAUUAAAUAAUAACAGAGCAUUUGGGGCAAAUCAUUAAAAUGUGAUAUUUUCAGAAAGGAACAGGCCAGCAAUAACCCCCGCCCCAAACAAAAACAGAACCCCACCCUAAAUUUGCUAUCUUGCCAUCUCACUAUGAUGUUUGAAAAGUUCUUUUUUUAACUAACAGCUGUUUAACUUUACCUGAAUUUCAGUUAACUCAAUAUUACAUAAAGUUGUUAUAAAGAAAAUGAACUUUUGGAAUAAGCUAUGACAUUUACAUAUGUAUUAAUAAUCAGCCCCACAAACUUUUAUAACUUGCAGUUGUGUAUGCUAUUGUAAAAGCCUUAUUUAUAAGACCUCUGUGACUGCCCAUCUCAUAUAUCAUAAUCCUGGGCAGUUCACAAAACAAUAAAAACAUCAAAAAGUAAUAAAAAAUCUGUAAAAAAAAACCUUGCAAAAAGAGAAUAAUACCGAUGAAAUAAAUAAAUCUACUUGGAUAUGAUAUUAAUAAGAGUUACUUGCUGAAGUAUGGAGAAAGGCGGCAUAAAAUAUAAUUGCUAUAAUUAAAUCUGCCUUUUUAUUUUCAGAGACUUACAAACUUAAGCUUUAUUUUAAAUAAGUUUCAAAUGUAGGUUGCUGGGAAAACCAGGGUGUAACAUUCUAUAUGAAAUAUUACUUUAAAUUGUCUAAAGUUUUUUUUUUUUUUUACUAAUUCUUAUCAUCAUUAUGCAAAGGCUUAUACUAGAUUGGAAUCAACUCUGCAAUCAAAUAACAUUGGCUGGUUUGGAAAAUUAAGUCAUUUUUAAAAACAGGAGUAAAGUUGGUCUUUUUUCAAUGUUGCUUGUGGAACUGUUCCUAGAGUCUUUCAUAAGCAUUGUUUAGAAUACAGGUAGUCCUCAAUUUACAACCACAAUUGAGCCCCAAAUUUAUGUUGCUAAGUGAGAAAUUAGUUAAGUGAGUUUUGCCCCGUUUUAUAACUUUUCUCGCCUUCCUCCUCCUCCUCCUCCUCCUCCUCCUCCUCCUCCUCCUCCUUCCAUAUCCGUUAUCAGACAUCGGCGAUCAUAUUGGCGAUCCUAUUUUUAUCAACAGCCGCAUGAAAAAGUGCUGCUGAGUUUUGUCCAAACCAGUUCCUUAGAUUUUGAAGCCAUGAUCAUCAUCUUCUGCCUGGAUCUUAUUUGCCUUCAAUUUUUCCUUGGAGGAUUAAGUAAAGUAUGACGUAUUUUUCCAGGUGUCAUAUCAUAUGUCCAAAAUAUUCUAACUCAUGCUUUUUUAUGGUUUUGAUGAUUUCCCUUGACUUUCCCAGGCAGCUUUCCCAGUGAAUCAUUGCAGUUCUUAAAUUAGUAACACGGUUGUUAAGUGAAUCUGAUUUCCUCCUUGACUUUGUUUGUCAGAAGAUCGCAAAAGGAGAUCACAUGACUAUGGGACAUUGCUACCGUCAUAAAUGUGAGUCAGUUGUCAAGCAUCCAAAUGUAAAUCAUGUGAUCAUGGCGAUGCUGUAAUGGUCAUAAGCGUGAAAAAUUGUCAUAAGUCACCCUUUUCAAUACCGUUCAGUAACUUUGAACAGUCAUAAAUGAACUGUUGUAAAUUGAGGACUACUUAUAUCUGCUCUGGUCUAGUCAUUGCAGAAAAAGCUAAAACAGGAGGGAAUACAACUUUGCAGCCAAAGGCUUCUACUGCUCAGAUUUUCUUUUUUUGGAAAUGGCUUCAAAAUACUUAUAAAACAAAUUUAAAAUGGAGAGCGGAUUACAGUUUAUAUUGUUACUCUUGUGAGAAGUGGGAUAAGAGAAAUAUAUUACUGUGACCAAAAUCAUAGAUGCUAGUGUACCAGAAAAUCCAUCCCUCUUUAUGGAAUAGAAGUAAACUUAUUGCACCAACACAUACAUCCGAUCUACAGCCAUCAUGUUACAGGUACUACAUUGUCCACUAAUUGUGAUUCAGAGGAUUGAAUUGAACCUUCAAAAUAUUGGCCACUUGGUUAAAACUGCUCAUUUCAACUUGGAAUCUAAUUUGAAUCAAGUGUUGACUCCUGGCAACUAUCUGGACAAGUCCCUGCAGUUUUCUUGUCUUCAGCCAAAAUCUUCUAAGCAUCAUGCUGGCACUUAGCUAAGAAGCUGGCUAGGUGUCAUCAAUAUUCCUCCUGGCCUGGUCAUCUGUCUCAUCUUUUAAACCUGUUUUCGUUGUAACUUCCAAAGGAGUUUUACUUUUAGAUAUCCCUGACUGUAGCCCAAGCACACAUUCACCUAAUGUUGGAUAAAACCCUUUGGUAAUAUCAUAUUGAAAAUUAGAGAGAUUACUUAUAAUCAACAUUAGGAGGAUUAUAUCAUGUUAAGACUUGCUUUGAUCAUUUGAAGACAAUGGACAGUCAAAAACAGAAAAAUUUGUAUUUUCAGCAAUGCAGCUUGUGUGCCAAAUGGGCUUGAGCUGUUACUGCAGUCACAGCUUGCUUGGAGAAAAGCCCACUAGAACUUUUUAAAUGCAAAAAUAAGCACAGCGGGAGUGGUUUGCAGCAGAAAUUGGUCUAGCAGUUGGCUUGUCUUUAUAUUUGCUAUUGUACUUGACAAAUAAGGAAUUUGUUUUUGACCUAGUCUCAUACCCAAAUUCUGUGUUAAAAGAAUGCUAUUUAUAUAAUCAUUGAACUUGGGGGUUAGCAAAUGUAUUUUCAGAAAUUGCCUUUUCAUUUGAAGGUGUUCGAUGAGCUAAUUUAUGCGUGGCAUGAGCUUCCUUGAGAACGUUGCCCUGACUGGGUGGAAAAACAAACACGAAUUGCUUUAAAAGUUUGCUGCUAGGAGUAUUUAAAUCACAAAAAUGAAAAAAUCUUUCCAUAUAUCAGAACUAGCAGCAUUUUCUAAUGCAAGAUGUAGUCGGUGGAAUAAAGUUGUUACCCAGGCUGCUGGUGCUUUCAUGAGUCGUGGGAUUCUAUCGGUGGUUAUUAAAAAAAAACUCGACGAGGAAAGACUGAUUAAGAACGAUUCUCAUAAUGCUGCUAUUGCCAGUUUGAGCAUCAUUGGAUCCCAUCUUCAGAUUGCCCCAGAAUUUUGUUUCAGUGAUUUAGAUUUGGAAAAAUUGAUUAGAUCGAUAUUUGCCAAGCCAGUUGACCCAGCCAUCUUAAGAAACGAUACUCAGCUUGAACAAAAUUCAUUCAUAUUUGGUCCAGAUGCAGCCCUGAUUGUGCCUAAUGCUCAGGGCAAUUUUGUUUUCAAUGCUGAACGAUUUGAUGCUUGGAUGGGGCAAGUUUUUGAUGCCAACAAUCCUGCGCGUUCCCAAAACAAUUGUCCUCAGGGUCCACCUGCAGCGGCUAAACCUGCACCUGUAGCCGGGGAAAUUCAUCCUUGGUUGUUCGGAGGGCUUCUUAAUGUGAACCUUGCUGAUGGAACUGACAAUACAGCUAUUCUUCAAGACAAUCCUCUUUGGUCUUUUGAACUAGUGGCUCGGGUUAUGGUAAUGUCACCCCAGGGAAACCGAUUUAGAGAAAAAAAUUUAGCAAAUUUGACCACAGCUGUAUUAAUAGUAACCUGUGCAGGAAAUAUUACUCAAGCUAGACUGAACAAAACUCUGAGACAAAUCUGUCAAGAGACAGGAUCUCAGGAUAUUGAAGUAGAUCGAGAUGCUGUGAUUGAGGGUUUCCAUUGUCUUCGUACCAUUUGGGAUGGGCAGACCACUGGACAAAACUUUGAAGAGAUGUUUACUAAUCUUAAAGCAGAAGUUACUAAAACCUCAUUGAUACUUGGGACUAUGGUUGAACAAACAAGAAACAAAAUGUUGACUGGAAUAUUAACUGUUAAUCAAGCAAUUAGAACAUAUGAAGAUUUUCCCUGGGCAGAGUUAAAUGAAUGUAUAAAAGGAACUACUGGAAAAGAUGAGAUGGCAGCAGCAGCUGCAUUUGGAGAUACUGUUAACAAUUCCCAUUGGAUUGGAUGGACUUUUGCUUUUAAUACUGCCCAGCCAGGACAUAAUGCAAGUAAGCAAUUUCCAAACAUUCUUUACACUGCCAUUCGCCUUCAAAUUUUGGCAGGAGGAGUUCAGUCUCUUAAACAAUACCAGGGAUUGAAAAAUAUGACUAUAUCACUAAGGGCUAUUGUUGAUGCUUGGGUUGAUCAAUAUGUUCAAAAUCUCCACACUGGUGUUAAUUAUUCUGUUCAACAAGGUGCAGCAUCCAGUGUGGUUGAUCAUAUGAGGCAACUUGACUUGACUUGAACAUGAUGUCAUAUACAAUUCUGUUUUCAGAGGAAUAACCUGUUGCAUGUAAAUCCUGAAAAACUUUGGCACUAGAAUUCUGGCACUAGAAUUCACCAUCUCCUUGUUUUUAGCCUGCUGCCUUUAGCCACUAAACCAAACUGAUUCUUGUUACAAUUACUAGCAUCUUGGAUCUAAAUGUCAGAUUAAAAACAGUCAUUUUUCAGGCAAGCUGGACUCUUUGGGACUUCUAUGGGAUAUCCAUGAAAAGCCUACUUUUUUAUGGGCAGAGAAUAGAAGUGGUUUGCUAUGGUCUUCUUGGAUGAUUCUCCAGUCCCAGAUGGUCCACCAUCCAGCUGCUAAUCCUGAUUCUGUUUGGCUUUCUAGAUGAGCAAGACAAAAACAUUGAACAUAUAUAUAUAUAUAGAGAGAGAGAGAUAUCCAAAAGUGUUGUCAGAAAUGUACUUUUUUAUUAAAUUUGUGCGCUACUCAUCUCCCUUUCCAUAGCAAUUUUGAGUGGCUUACAAUUAUCAUAAAUUCAUAAAAUAAUAGGGCAUAGAUAAGAAACUAUACCAAGAGUAAAAUAGUAUGGUGAUGGAAUCUCCUCUAUCCCUCCAGCAGACUUCUCCAGCAUGGAGCACCCCCAUUGGAGCCCCAAGCCAACUGGCAGAGACAAGUUUUAAGGCUCUUGAGUAAAGCCGAAGAGUGGGGGCAGAUCUCACCUCCAGAGACAAAGUCCUUCAAAGGAUUGGGGCCACAGCAGAAAAGGUUCUACUAGACCCCACC